UACCAGGGCAGUCUCCUGGCUGUUGGAAAUAGGGCAGUGGGUAGCACUGGUAUUUGGGGUGAGGAAAGGGAGAUGGAGUUAGGGAGCUAAGCUGCUGGCUGUCAGGAGAGCCAUGAGUACCAGUCCCCAGUUUGCAUUUUGCCCUGAGAGCAGUGGGGAGCCACUCGGGGAUCUUGGGUUUGUGAGUGACUGGUUAGAUUGUGCCCUCAUGAGUGACUUGGGGUGGGUUGGUGCGAGGCUACAGUGGGUCGGGGUGGUUAACAGAACACCAGAAGGCCCAGCACCAAGGAAGGGCCUUGGGAACAAAAGAAAGAGCAAGACCACACGACAGGGGGCCGCGGGGACGGGAAGGCCCAGGGAUGGAGGAGGACUUCGGGAACGCUCUGCAGCCGGGUGACUUGGCAGGCCCGGCUGCACUGUGUGCUGGAAGGGACAGGCCUGGAGUGGGUGACGGCGGGUGGUGUGGAGAGGCUGAGCUGAGAGUCCUCAACAGCUCCUCGGUAGAGACUGCUCUGGAGCCGUGAGCGCUCCUUCCUGCGUGGGCACUGAAGCCAGGGUGUGGGGUGUGCCUUCCCAGGAGUGUGUGUGGGGUGAGAGAAAGAAGACUGACCCUGGAGAGGCCUGAUGCUUCACGUCCGUAGGACAGAAUAGAUAAGGUAACAAAAAUCUGAUUGAUUACCUCCUGCCUUUUGAGGGGAUGGGGGCAAGAUAGUGAGCUUCUUGUAUCUGUCACAGAGCCUCAGGUUGUUGGUUAAACAGCAAAAUGUAAGAUACCAAAAGUGCAAAAUCACAGAAUUGAUUCCCCGGGCCUUCCUGUCAAAUGUGUUUGUUUGCCUUUCAAGAAAGUUCCAGAUUGUCACUCAGCUCAAAGGACCUCAUUCUCCUCCAGCCUUAGGGUUGGUCCUUUCAGCAAGUUCUCAUCACUAGAUCUCUGGAAAGAGACCUCCUCAGAUCCAGAGAGGGAUCCAAGAACUCUCUGGGUCCUCUCGCUCUCCUCCCGGGACCCGUUUCUAUGUAGUGCCUCAGUGUUAGAGUUGAUGGGACUUUGGAAGGACUGUUGAGGAUACAGAGGCCAAGUGUGUAGUGCUUCCUCCCAAGCUUGUCCCCACACUGAGGGGCCGCCAGGAGAGAGUAAGGAAAGGCUGGCGUUGCACCAGGAGCUCCUCUGCCCACAGGAGGCGCAGGGCCCCACAGGGCUGUCUGGUCUCUGGACGAGUGCUGUUAACAGUGACCUUCGCCUCUUAUGGAACCUGCUCACAGAAAGGCACAGGAGACAAGCUCUCCUUCUGCCCUGUGCAGUCCUGGUCCCCUGCCUCGCUCUUGGACCUUAGCCGUUUCCCCUGGAUAUUGCCCACGGAGCUGCUGGCAGGGGUCAUGUGUGAGCAGUCAUGCUUUCUUCCUCCAGCCCGCCCAGGCUGCACUCUCCUCUUACAGGCCAUUGAGAAGCCACUACACAUGGCUUGGCCUGUUUCACAUAACCUGAAACUGUGUGUCCACCUAAUCGUUACACAAUUUUAAUUGGAUACCAGUUGUUUGCUGGUGGGUGAUUCUGUUACCAAUAAAAGCCCUUUCGCUGCAUAGCAUUCUAAAUGAAGCUCAGUUACCUGAGUCCCACCAAGAGCUCUCCUGGCUUCUGUCCCUUCAGCCUUCCCUUGAAUUCGUUUGUCCUCAUUCCUUGAUUACCCUCUGUAAUUCCUUUCUUAGCAGGCGUGGUUCCCGCCUUCCUGUCUUCCUAAACUUGUGGGCCUUAGAGGGAGCCAUAGGUGUGUGUUCACUCCACCUGCCUCUGGUUUCUUUCCCUGCCUCCCUGGGUCGUCUCCUCCCCCACCUCCCAGCAUACAGGCGCGCACUCCUUUCUCAGUAGCCCGGUGAAGCCAGGCCCUGUGGCUUCUUGGAGCCAAUGAAGCUGGACUGUAGAAGUGUCUUUGAAUAUGAGCCAUGAAUGACACUCACUGGCCCCAAGCAGCUGUGCUCUCCAGGGCUGUUUCUGCUGCUUCCUGGGUGCAGGCCGCCUCAGCCUUCAGGAUCUAGGCCAGGUGGGUGCUGGCGGGGCAAGGCUUCCAGGCCCCUCUUUCCUCAUGGGCUGGGGGCCCAGACACCCUGUGCUUCUUCCUCACAGCAUCCGCACCUGAGUUGGUAGGGUCAGUACACCAUGUCCCCACAUCCUGAAGCUCACUGAGCAGUGGGGUGGCCUUGCAUCCUCGUGUUCCAGCACUCAGCACAGUGGCAUUCAGAAAGCGUCUCGAAUGCCUGUUGAAAUGAUUCAGCCUGCAAGAUUCCCUCUCAGCCCACUCUGCAGUCACGCCUGAAGAUGCUUGCCGAGAGCCUGCUGUGUGCCCAGCCUUCUGAGGCACGCCUGUCACCGGCGCCUUGCUUGGAAUUCAGACCAGUCAGGAUUCUAGCUUCUGACAGCUGGGCUUCCUCCUUCUGGUUCUCAUUCCCUGCAGCUAGCUGGUUUCUCCUGUGCCCUUGGGGGGUGUUUUCCCAGACCUACUGCUGGGAGGACCUUUUAAACUCAGAAGAUAAAGAUCCUGAAUUAGCGGAGCCCCAUUGCAAUCCCAGCCAUCUGUGGGUAGACCAAACCAGCGGCUUGCUUGAAGGAAAUUGGUUCCUCAACUAGGGAUCAGACCUGGGUCAGGGCAGUGAAAGCACAGAGUCUCAGUCACUGGACCACUAGGGAAUUCCUCGCAGGGAACCUUUUUGAGUGGCUAAUACCAUUAGGACUUUACCCUGCUCAGGUCCCAUCUUUAGGCUCAGGUGCCACCGCUAAGACCUGCAUUUGAAAUUCCGACCAGUACUAGCAGGUGGGCCAGCCAGCUGGCCUGCGGUGCUGUGACUAAUGCCUCCUCAGUGGCCACACCCGUUUACGCCUGGCGCGUGCCCUCCAUUGUGUGCCAUCCGCCAAGGGCCCCUAUCGGGUUCCCGGUAGCUGGCACUCAGUGUGGAAUGCCAGCUGCCACUAAUAUUUGAAAAAUUCCCUAUGCUGCUUUAGGGCUGAGGCAGAACCCAGCUUGCCAUCUCAUCACAUGAGGAUGCCUGCUGGGAAGUGUACAUAGCUAGAACAGACAAGUUGCCGGAUGGCCCCUGUGGUUGAGAGUUAAGCUUCCUUCUCGGGCCCAAGUGGUCUGGGAUUUUCCUGAGUCUCCAUCUGUUUCCUUCUCUGUUUCCUCCUCCUUGGGCGCACCAAGUGGGGUGUGAGGCGCCGGGCUCCAAGUCACAGCAGGGAAGAAGGGCUGGACUCAUAAGCAGGUCAUCACAGGCGUGCCAAGUUCAGACAGAUCCGGAGAAGGAGGUGUGGAGGUCAGUCCUGCCUGCAGGGUCAGGAGUCUGGAAGGGCCGGUGAAGGAGGGCGCAUUUGAAGCAGAUUCGCCUGAGAGGAGAAGGAAGAACCAGCGUGUCCUAGCUUUCCCCCUUCCCACUGUCAAGACUCCUGAAGCUGCCAUUGGAGGGCAGGUAAGAGGUGGAUUUAUUUAGAGAGAAACACCCUCCACAGACAGUGUGGGCCAGCUCAGAAGAUAAAUGUUCUUGAUGCAAGCAAAACAGGAAUGCUCUGAUCACUUACCGAAGGUCACUGAGGCAAACAGCCCUUUGUGAGAUCUCCGGACAGUGUACCAUCCCAGGUGGAAAGGGCAUGGGAUGGCAGACAGGUUAGCCAAGAAGCCUCAGAGAAGGUGCCGGUGGAUGUAGCUGCCCUUUGCCCCCUCCCGCCCCCCGCUGCGCCCUGCACGAUGAACCCCCCAGCCUACAGCUGCUUUGUGGACAGAGACAAGAUGGACUCGGCCAUCCCGGACCUGGGGCCCAAGGAGCUGAGCUGCAUGGAGCUGCCGGAGCUGAAGCAGCUGGCGCGCCAGGGCUACUGGGCCCGCAGCUACGCCCUGCGGGGGCAGGUGUACCAGCGCCUGAUCCGGGACAUCCCCUGCCGCACGGUCACCCCUGAUGCCAGCGUGUACAGAGACAUCGUCGGCAAGAUCGUGGGCAAGCACAGCAGCACCAGCCUGCCCCUGCCCGAGUUUGUGGACAACACGCAGGUGCCCAGCUAUUGCCUGAACUCGAAGGGCGAGGGCGCUGUGCGCAAGAUCCUGCUGUGCAUCAGCAACCAGUUCCCCGACGUCUCCUUCUGCCCCGCGCUGCCCGCGGUCGUGGCUCUGCUGUUGCACUACAGUGCCGAUGAGGCCGAGUGCUUCGAGAAGGCUUGCCGCAUCCUGGCCUGCAAGGACCCCAGCAGGAAGCUGGUAGACCAGAGCUUCCUGGCCUUCGAGUCUUCCUGCAUGACGUUUGGGGACCUGGUGAACAAGUACUGCCAGGCAGCCCACCAGCUGAUGGUGGCCGUGUCAGAGGACGUCCUGCAGGUGUACGCGGACUGGCAGCGCUGGCUCUUCGGGGAGCUGCCCCUCAGCUACUUCGCCCGUGUCUUUGACGUCUUCCUGGUGGAGGGUUACAAGGUGCUGUACCGCGUGGCGCUGGCCAUCCUCAAGUUCUUCCACAAGGUGAGGGCGGGGCAGCCGCUCGAGUCAGACAAUGUGAAGCAGGACAUCCGCACCUUCGUCAGGGACAUCGCCAAGACCGUAUCUCCCGAGAAACUGCUGGAGAAGGCGUUUGCCAUCCGCCUCUUCUCUCGGAAGGAGAUUCAGCUCCUGCAGAUGGCCAAUGAAAAAGCUCUGAAGCAGAAGGGCAUCACCGUCAAGCAGAAGAGUGUUUCACUUUCUAAAAGGCAGUUCGUGCACCUGGCCGUUCAUGCAGACAACUUCCACUCAGAGAUCGUUGGUGUGAAGGAGAUGAGAGACAUCUGGUCGUGGGUCCCUGAGCGGUUCGCCCUUUGCCAGCCCCUCCUGCUCUUCUCCUCACUGCAGCAUGGGUACAGCCUGACCAGGUUCUACUUCCAGUGUGAAGGACGAGAGCCCACUGUUCUGCUGAUCAAGACUACACAGAAGGAGGUGUGUGGCGCCUACCUGUCAACAGACUGGAGUGAGAGAAACAAGUUUGGGGGCAAGCUGGGCUUCUUCGGGACCGGAGAAUGCUUCGUGUUUAGGCUGCAGCCCGAGGUCCAGCGCUACGAGUGGGUGGUUAUCAAACACCCAGAGCUGACCAAGCCCGCAUCGCUGGAGUCCGCGUCCCUGGAGUCCGCCACCGUUUCAUCCUCCCCGAGCCACUCUCUGUCCUCUGAGAGCUCCGACCGCCUCUCGCCGUUCCUGGCUACUCGGCACUUCAACCUGCCCUCCAAGACGGAGUCCCUGUUCAUGGCCGGGGGCAGCGACUGCCUCAUCAUAGGUGGAGGGGGCGGCCAGGCGCUGUACAUCGACGGGGACCUGAACCGGGGCCGCACGGGCCACUGCGACACUUUCAACAACCAGCCUCUCUGCUCUGAGAACUUCCUUAUCGCUGCUGUGGAGGCCUGGGGCUUCCAGGACCCUGACAUCCAGUGACGGCCAUGAGCCAAUGGUGACCAAGCUGCUGCUGCCGGGGCGGGAGUGGGUGGUAGCUGGGCCCCCCUCAGGGAGGUGGUGUUGAGUGAAGACCCCCACAUGCGUGGGCACCAUCAGGGUGCAGCUGGGCACAGUGCUGGUCUAGGCAGUGGUGCCACAGCCACAGCUGGCCCUCCUGGACCUGCUGUACUUGCUACUCCUUCGCCCUGCACUCAGGCCCUGGCCGGCCUCUGGGCAGGCGUCCCGUGCGGGAGGCCGGGUCUAUGGCCCCUGAGCCUCAUUCCCCCGGGGUGAGAGGGUGCUGGGGCCAGCUGAGCGGGCGGGGUGAAGGAGCCUGCUCAAGCGCAGGCCCGUGGCUCCCCCUGCUGGUGCCUCUGGGCAUCUCUCGAGGAGGCCCUGCAGUUCCUGCCGGCCUGCGGCAGGCGGGGCCUCGGGGCUGUGGGUCCCAGGAGACCACAGGUGCCCUGUGGACUGUACCUGGUGGGCUACCACCAGGCUCUGCUAGAGCCUCUGACUCAGUUCCCUCCUCUCCGGGGCUCCUCUAGGACAGGAGCCACCGGUGAAUGAGCCGCGUGCAGGGCUCCGGGCCUCUCCCCAGGGUGGGCCGAGGGCUGGAGGGGACGGUGCGUGUCCUUGUGUUUUUGCAGAGCCUGAAGCCUCUGCUGGGCCUCAGGGUAGAGUUACGCCUGGAAGGGCCCUCUGGGACAGACCCCACACCAGCCAGCAGUAUUUCUGGGCCCUGCCUGGAGAAGCCUGGACCCACGGAUCCUUCUGCAGCCUCCUCUUCUCCAGCUCUGGGCCUCCUCAGCUCCCCAAGCUCCCUGCUGUGGCCCCACUUGACUGCAGUGACCUGGCCCGGGGUCUCAUCUGACCCCCCACACACGCUGUCUUAUCCCGCCUCCCCUCACCUGGUGCCACCUGCCCUCCCAGCUCCUUCCACAUGGACCUUCCUGACCCACCAUCUGUGUAUCCGUCUCACAGUGCCGCCUGGGCCUGCAGGGCGGCCCUCCACCUGUGACUCCCUCAGCUGGUCCUGAGGGCCUGGCCACCCAGAGGGAGGAGAGAUGUGGACACUCAAGGGAUCCUGCCCCCUUGGUGCCCUAUGUGCCCCCACUCCAAGCCUUGUGCUCUCCCUGCGGGGCAUGCAUCCUCACUGCCCACCUCCUCAGAUCUCCACUGAGCCCGGCCACAGUGAUAUGGAAGGACACACCAGGAACCCUGUGUGGCUUUGGGCAGGCCAGUGAACCUGUCUAGAACUCAGUUUCCCCAACUGUAAAAUGGGCCGUUCACGCUGUGCUGCAGUCCCUGCAGGGCUGCUGAGAGGCCUGCAGAGGGGAGAGGUGCUGGGGGUGGGGGGCAGCUUCCUCCCCAGACACCACAGCCCUCGCUGCCCCUCCUCGAGCCCCCUCAGCCCUCACCUGUGCUUCGGUGUUCAUUAAUCAGCUGUGUAAACUGCA